UCCAGCAGGGAGACACUCUGGUUGGGGGAGGUUCGUUUGACCUUUCACUCCUUCCCGUGUCCCCAGGGUGUCCCUGACUCACUGCACGACUCCACAUCCUCUUGGGACAGCGAGGAGAGGACGUCCCAGCCCUGCCCACGUUGGAGUGCCCUAAUUGGCGGCACUAAUUGCCCUGACCAGGCUUGUGGAGGGUUCCCACCCACCCACCACCCACCCCUUGGCGUGGGAGCCCCAUUUAAGCUGAGCUCCCUUCUUUUGGGCCUCGUUGGAGCUGUGCUGGGUCCACACUGGAUUUGGGCUCGUGGUUGUUUCCCUCCUGGCUGUGGAGCUGCCUUGGGACGUCCCUGAGGACCUGGACCCUCCUGGCUGUUCCUGGCCGAGCCGAGCCUGCGGCGAAGAUGAAGCUGGUUCUGCUCCUCAGUGCCCUCCUCGGGGCUUCCCUGGCCCUGGAGACCUUCGUGGGGCACCAGGUUCUCCGGAUCAAGACCAGAAAUGAGGAGGAGGUGAGGCAGCUGCAGCUCCUGGAGUCGCUGGAGCACCUCGAGCUGGAUUUCUGGAUCAACCCCUCCGCCCCCGCCCUCCCCGUGGACGUGAGGAUUCCUGCUGCCAACGUCCAGUCGGUCAAAGCCUUCCUGGAAUCCCAGGGGAUCGAGUAUUCCAUCCUGAUCGAGGACCUGCAGGUAGGGAAUUCCGACAGGCACACGUGGAGCCUCCCAACCUUCCGGAAGCAAACCAGGAUUCCCGGUUUGGCCUCGUUCCCGGCGUGGGCUCUCCCACGCCCUAUUUAUGCAGAGCUGGACCACCUUGCAUCCGAGCACAGCUUCGUGGAGAAGAUCCAGAUCGGGGAGUCCUACGAGAAGCGCCCUCUGUACGCCCUCAAGUUCAGCACCGGCGGAUCCAACCGCCCGGCCAUCUGGCUCGACGCCGGCAUCCACUCCCGGGAGUGGGUCACCCAGGCCAGCGCCCUCUGGAUCGCCAACCAGAUCGCCUCCGGCUACGGAUCCGACUCCUCCAUCACCUCCCUGCUGGACAAGAUGGACCUUUUCCUGCUGCCAGUGGCCAACCCUGAUGGCUUUGUGUACACCCACACCUCGAACCGCAUGUGGAGGAAGACGCGCUCCAAGAACGCGGGCAGCGUCUGCUACGGGGUGGAUCCCAACAGGAACUGGGAUGCGGGCUUUGGAGGUCCCGGGGCCAGCAGCUGGCCCUGCUCCGACUCCUACCACGGCCCCAGCGCCGAGUCCGAGGUGGAGGUGAAAUCCGUGGCCGACUUCAUCAGGAACCACGGGAACUUCAAGGCCUUCCUCACCCUGCACAGCUAUUCCCAGCUCCUGAUGUAUCCCUACGGAUACAAGUGCACCAGGCCCGACGACUACGCCGAGCUGGAAUCCCUGGGAAGAGCCGCUGCCAAUGCCAUCAAAUCCGUGUACGGCACCACCUUCCAAGUGGGGCCCAUCUGCUCCACCAUCUACCAGGCCAGCGGGGGCAGCAUCGACUGGGCCUACGACAUCGGCAUCAAAUAUUCCUUCGCCUUCGAGCUGCGGGACACGGGACGCUACGGAUUCCUUCUCCCCGCCAACCAGAUCGUCCCCGCCGCCACCGAGACCUGGAUGGGCCUCAGGAAGAUCAUGGAGCACGUCCUGAAAAAGCAGGACUGA